CACCCACCACCGCACCGCGCCGCGCCGCUAGUGGCCUCCACCCCAACAACGGUCAGAUUCCUCACGAAUCCAAAGGGAGACGCAACCAAAAUCCCCCCAAAACCCAAAAGCUCACAGUUCAAACCGAAGCACGCUCCAUUAACAACUCCAUCUACUAAAUCGAAUCCCACAGCCCACCCCCGCAUCUCCGCCUCCAUGGGCUGCUUCCUCGCCUGCUUCGGCGGCGGCGACGGCGACCGCCGGCGCCGGAAGCCGCGGAGGCGCUCGCCGGCAAGGCUCCCGCGACCGGACCAUGUUGCUCUGGCUGGCGAGGCUUCGUCGCUGGCGGAUGUGGCGGUGAAGCAGGUGUCGGCGCCAAUGCCAGAUGCGAGGGCUCUGGCGCCGCCUCCGCCACAGCCGCCGUUGGCCGUGGAGGUUGCCGAGGAGGUGGUCGCUGCCGCGAGCCCCGGAAAGGAGCCGAGGGAGUUGAGCGAGCAGAAAACUGUGACAUCGCCAACGCCGACAGCGGAUGUCGUGGAGGAGGUGGUCACUGCCACGAGCCCUGGAAGAGAGCUGAGGCAGUUGAGUGAGCACAAGGAAGCGCCUGCGCGCUCUUUACUGCUGGAGAAGGUAGUCACACCACCACUCCCCGGAAGAGAGCUGAGGCAGUUGAGUGAGCACAAGGAAUCACCUGGACGCUCCUUGCUGCAGGAGAAGGUACUCACACCACCACUCUCCCCAGUGAAAUGUUCACCUGUGGCAGCAGCGGUUGCUUCAACUCCUGAUAUGGAACUCAGGGAGGUGAGUGAAGAGGAUAGCCGCAGUGGUGGCAAGAAGAAAGUGACAUUUGACAUGAAUGUUACAACAUACGAAAAUACAUCGUCACCUGACCAGGAAGAGAUACCCUCGGAGCUUGUUAAGUGGAUGGAAGAUGAAGAGGAAGAACACAUGCAGAAGACUGUUCUGUUCUCAGAGAAUCAUCGGUACGGGAAUUGCACAGACAGCGAUGAUGACAAUGGAGAUGAGUAUGGUGAGGAUGACAACUAUGGUGAUGAUAGUGAUGCAGAGGAGGAUUUCGUGGACUGCAAGAUUGACUUGCUGGAUGAGGAGGAAAUAAGAACUGAAGAGAACCCAGAGGAGUCUCAGGAGUCUCUGUUCUCACUGCCAAUGUCUAAUUAUACGCAGGAUGACCAAGAUGUCAGCAGCCCUGUGCCCAAGAGCAGUGUUACCCCUGCACAGGAAGAAAGCCCUCAAAUCCAGGUGAACAAUCACCGUGAUAGAAGCCAGUACGUCCGUCCUGUUUUGAACCCAGUUCAGAAUCGAGAACAGUGGAAGGAAGUUAAGGCCCAAGCAGGACCAGUUAAGAAGUUGUACAAGGAGAAUGUAAACUCGGUGCCAAAUGUAGGUGCAACCCUUGCUUGUAAGGUUGCAAAUCAGACGAAGAUGGGUCCUAGCAACUCUAGCAAGGGGGAAGUUUCUGUGGAUGCAAGCCUCUCUACAUGGUUAAUUUCUUCAGACAACUCAACAGUUGAUAAGGCGCAAAGUAAAUCCCCCCAUUCAGUUUCCUCUGUAUGCAGACAAGAAAGGCCUGUCCUGGGUGCUUUGACUGUUGAUGACCUUAAGCAAUCGUCAGCUACAUCAUCUCCACGAAGGUCUCCAAGCCAUAACCGUGAAGAGGUGCCGAUCUUGAGUACGGUGGGAAGUUACUGGAGUAGCACAAAGCAGGGUAAUGAGUACUGUUCUUCUAGGUCUGAUUCAGGAACUAAUGGCAUCCCCAAUUCAACAAGCAAAUACAGAGAGGACAGAAGGGUGAACUGGCACUCGACUCCCUUUAAUGUGAGGCUGGAUAAAGCUAUGAAGAAAUCUUCUGCAUGAGUUGCUGGCACUGCUGCUAAAGAUCUUUAUUAUUGUUAAAAAUGCAUUAAGUUGUAUAAAGAAUAUCCCACUUUGUGUAGCAAAAAAGUCCGUAGAUUUAGAGCUGAAUCCAGUUUGAAUUUUAUGUAUAUUGGAGGAGAGAUGUGUGUUCCCUUCUUGUGCCGGAUAUAGAAGUGCCACAGAAUUGGCUUGUUUGCAUGACUGCCUGUGUGCAUUGCAAAUUGUGAGUAAGAAAAAAUGGUUAUUGGUUGCUCA